AGUAAAGCAAGGACAUGACCUUACGUAUAACAUAUAAGCGCAUAAUAGUUUAGUAACAUUGAUCAUAUAAAAUAUAGCCUAAGGAAAUGAUCUAGUUUUCUUGCCCAAUUUUCCAUAUUUCACCUUCUAAAAUGAUCGCAUAUCAUUUUCCCACUUCUUUUAUUAUGCAUAUCUAAUGAUCAAACUGCUACCUAUAAAAACCGAAAUCAAAAUUUUAAACAGCAUCAAUUGCAUUCAGCAACUCUUCUAAUCAAUACCAUGGCAUUCAAGGUUAUUGUUCUCGCCGCAUUUGUGGCAACCGCAAAUGCUGGAUUAAUUGGAGGAUAUUAUUCUUCAUUGGCUGCACCAGCACCAUUGGCGUAUGCGAGUGCUCCAGUUGCACAGGCAGCGGUGAUCACCAAAACCGUGGACUCUGAAUACGAUCCUCAUCCCGAGUACAGUUAUUCCUAUGAUGUUCAAGACUCAUUGACCGGUGACUCAAAAUCGCAACACGAAACCCGCGACGGAGAUGUUGUCAAGGGAAGUUACUCUCUCGUAGAGGCUGACGGAAGCAAAAGAACUGUCGACUAUGUUGCUGACCCAAUCAAUGGAUUCAAUGCUGUUGUAAAGAAGGAACCAGCAACAGUUGCCGUCGUCGCUGCUCCAGUUGUCAAACAAGUUGUGCAACCAAUUGUGCCAGCCGCUGUUGUCAAAACUGUUGUACCAGCUGAAACCACCAUCUCAAAAUACUCCACUGGAUUCACCCAUCACGCUCCAGUUGUUCACUCAGUUGCUCAACAAGUCGUGCAACCAGUUGUGCAAGCCGCUGUUGUCAAAACUGUUGUACCAGCUGAAACCACCAUCUCACAGUACUCCACUGGUUUCACACACAAUGCUCCCGUUGCUCAUACAGUCGCUGCAUACUCCGCACCUGCAUACUCUUAUGUUGCUGCACCAGUUGCUGCUUGGCAGUAUAAAAAUCGAAACUUUAGCCAUAGACAGCAUCAAUUGCUAGUUGCAUUUGGACCAAUCAACUCUAAAAUGGCAUUCAAAUUCAUUGCUUUCGCUGCCUUCGUGGCUGUUGCUAAUGCUGGAGUCAUCCAUGCACCAGUGCAAGCUGUACCAGUAGUGAAGACGCUUGUUUCUUCAGUUCCUGUGGCUCAUUCUUCAACAACUUUGAUCAGAAAGGAUCACUCUGUACCAGCAAUUCAUACCGAAACUGUUGUACCUGUUGUUGAAGCUGCACCUGUACUAAAAACUAUUGUCCACGCUGAACCAGUACUCAAGACUGUUGUUUCUUCAGCUCCAGUUGCUCACUCUUCAACAACUGUGAUCAGAAAGGAUCAUUCAGUUCCAGCAAUUCAUACUGAAACUGUUGUACCUGUUGUGGAAGCUGCACCAGUACUCAAAACUAUUGUCCACGCUGAACCUGUACUCAAGACUGUUGUUUCUUCAGCUCCAGUUGCUCACUCCUCAACAACAGUGAUCAGAAAAGAUCAUUCAGUUCCAGCAAUUCAUACUUUGGUACCAGUUGUACAAGCUGCACCUGUACUUAAAACUGUUUACUCUCACGCUGUACCUGUAUAUUCUCAUGUUGCCGCUCCAGUUGCCACAGCUUGGUAAAUGCGAUGAAAAAUUAAAUAUAAUGUAACAACUAUUGUCUCAAUAAAUAAUUGAUUUCAUUAA